AUGGAAUUUUCUGCAAGCUCUGCAGUUAACCAUUCCUUACAAGAACAACGCACAUGGGUCACCGGAUCAACUGCAGCUGGAAAUGGAGAAGCGCCCUCUGCUCCACACCCUUUCCUGCCAAGGUAUCCUUUUGCUAAGCCUGAAGUUCAGAGUGAUCAGCCAGAGUUUGCUGUUGGGACAUCUUGGGACUAUGAAUGCCUUCCUGGGUAUAGCAGAAGGUCAUUCUUUGCCACCUGCCUAGAGACCUCCAAGUGGUCAGAUGCUCAGCAAUACUAUAAACAUGAUAAAUCAUGUGUGAGUCCCAGAAAACCUCUCCAUGGCUCUGUCCUCACACACAUGAGUAUUGAGUUUGGGUCAACAAUUACAUAUUCUUGUGAUGAAGGAUAUCAACUCAUUGGUGACUCAUCUGCUACAUGUAUUAUCUCAGGCAAUACUGUAACCUGGGAUCAGGACAUGCCUUUAUGUGAAUCUAUUCCUUGUGAGUCACCCCCAGCCAUCUCCAAUGGGGACUUUUCUAGCAACAGUAGAGAUUUUUACUGUGGAAUGGUGGUGACUUAUCAGUGCCAUGUUGGACAGAAUGGGAAAAAGCUCUUUGAUCAUGGUGAAAAGUCAAUAUAUUAUACCAGCAAAGACAAUCCAGUUGGCAUCUGGAGUGGUCCUCCUCCUCAGUGUAUUAAAAUAGUCAAAUGCCCAAUUCCGGAAGUUGAAAAUGGAAUUAUGGAAUCUGGAGGUAGACAUGCAUUUUCCUUAAAUGAUACUGUGAUGUUUAAGUGUAAGCCUGGCUUUACCAUGAAAGGCAGCAGCGUGGUAUGAUGCCAAAAAAACAGCAAAUGGGAUCCUCCACUGCCAAGGUGCUUCAAGGGAUGUCCACCACCUCCACAUAUCUGCCAUGGUAAUUAUAACAAAAUGGAUAAGGAAUUCUUAGCAAUUGGACAGGAAGUGUCCUACAGCUAUGAGCCUGGCUACACUCUCAUGGGAGCUAACCAUACAUCCUUGGGAACCUGGAGCCAUACAGCCCCCAAAUGUGAAGUGGAAUCAUGUGAUGCUGCUCCAGGCCAGCUUCUCAAUGGUCAGGUGGUGGCUUCUCCUAUCCAGUUUGGGGCAGAGGUUUCUUUUGUUUGUAAUGAGGGGUACCGGUUCAAUGGCAAAUCUUCUAGUAAGUGUGUCUCAGAAGGGAUGGGAGUAUGCUGGAGUAAUAAGUUUUCUGUCUGUGAACGGAUUUCUUGUGGCCCUCCUCCUCCAAUCAAAAAUAGUUAUAAUAAUGAUGUUCCUGACCCUAUACUUCUUAAUACUUCAGUGAGGUACAGGUGUUCACUUACCUUACACAUCAUAGGAGAAAAAAAUCUUUUUUGCAUUAGUAAAGACCAGGUGAAAGGAAUCUGGGAUAAAGCUGCUCCUAUAUGUGAAUAUAUCAACAAAAGAGCUACUUGCUCUGAGCCCAUAGUACCAGGGGGACACAGGAAUAAAAUAUCGAAACCACUGUACAGACAUGGUGAUUCUGUGACUUUUACCUGUAAUCAAUUUACCAUGAAAGGAAACAAGACCGUUUGGUGUCAAGCAAAUUCAAAAUGGGGACUGACACCACUACCAAUCUGUGAGAGUGAUUUCCCCCUGGAGUGUCCACCACAUCCCAUGAUACCCAGUGGACAUCACACAGGAAAGAAUGUUAGCUUCUUUGUCCCUGGAUUCUCUAUGAAUUACUGCUGCGAACCUGGUUACUUACUUGUUGGAGAAAAAUCCAUUCCCUGUUUGUCUUCAAGACACUGGAGUUCUGUCAUUCCAAAGUGUGAAGGCUCCUCUGUGAGGACCUAUGGAGAGCCUGGGGUGACGCUCUAUAGCUUACAAGGCCCAACUUCUAGUCAGUGUGUAAUUGCUAGACAGAGCGCUUUAUGGACCAAGAUGCCAGUAUGUGAAGAAAUUCUCUGCCCACCCCCUCCUCCUAUUCUCAAUGGAAGACACACAGGCAACCCUUCAAUGAAUGUUCCAUAUGGAAGUACAGUCACUUACACUUGUGACCCAGGCCCAGAGAAAGGAGUGGGCUUCAUCCUGACUGGGGAGGCCACGAUCCACUGUGCGGCUGAGAGUGGAGAGACUGGGACCUGGAGCGGCCCUGCCCCACGCUGUGAACUUUCUGUUUCUAGGAUUCACUGUCCACCUCCCCAGAUCCUUAGAGGCCAAAUAUUGUCUGGACAGAAAGAUCAAUAUUCAUAUAAUGACACUGUGGUAUUUGCUUGCUUGUUUGGCUUCACCUUGAAAGGGAGCAAGGGAAUACGUUGCAAUGGCCAAGGCACCUGGGAGCCAUCUCUACCAGUCUGUGAAAAGGAGUGCCGAGCCCCUCCUAAAAUCCUCAACAGGCACAAGGAAGAUGGACACAGAAUCAGCUUUGAACCUGGAACAUCUAUAAAAUACAGAUGUGACCCUGGCUAUGUGCUGGCGGGAGAAGAAUCCAUACAUUGUACCUCUGCGGGGGUGUGGACACCCACUGCCCCCAAAUGCAAAGUGGCAGAGUGUGAACCUGUAGGAAAGCAUCGUUAUAGAAAACCCCAGGAUCAAUAUAUUAGACGAGAUGUUAACUCUUCUUGUGAUGAAGGUUACUGGUUAGGUGACAGUGUUUUUCAGCUGCGUGAAGGCACAAUUCCUUGGUUUGUGGAGAUUGGUCUUUCUCAAGAAAUCACCUGCCCACCGCCCCCUGUUAUCUACAAUGGGGCACACACAGGCAGUUCCUCAGAAGACAUGCCAUAUGGAACCACAGUCACUUAUACAUGUAACCCUGGGCCAGAGAAAGGAGUGGCAUUCGACCUCAUCGGCGAAAGCAGCAUCCGUUGUGUAAGCAGCAGUCACGGGAGAGGCAUCUGGAGUGGCCCUGCUCCUCUCUGUAAACUUUCCCUCCCUGCUGUUCAGUGCUCGUAUCCCAACGUUGCAAAUGGAUGCAAGACAUCUGGCAAGGAAACCCCAUAUUUCUACAAUGACAGCGUGACAUUCACGUGCAAUGAUUGAUUUACUUUGAAGGGCAGAAGUCAGAUUCAUUGCAAAGCCAAUGUUACCUGGGGCCCUGAAAUACCCAUCUGUGAAAAAGAAGCACCACGUCAUCCUGUGAGAGAAGAUGUUCAAGAGCGUCCAGUUGAUUCUCAUGUGAUUCCAGUUAAUACAUCCUGUCCAGAUGGGUGAAGGUUUCUCGAGGCUAGGUUUCAGAAAUGUGAUACUGGGAAGAAUGGGAUUUGGUUCCAAGAGAUUCCACAGUGUAAAGCCCUUCACUGUCCGCCUCCACCUGUGGCUGACAAUGGGAGGCACACCGGUGUGAUGGCAGAACACUUUCGAUAUGGAACUGAAAUCUCUUAUGAAUGUGACCAAGGAUUCUCUCUUCUGGGAGAGAAAACUAUACAAUGCAUCCGUGAUUCUGCAGGAGGUGGAUCUUGGAGUGGACCACCCCCACAGUGCUUCAAACCUCCUUCUGUGACCCACUGCUCUAACCCAGAAGUCAAACAUGGAUACAAGCUGAAUAAAACUCGUUCAUCAUAUUCCCACGGUGACAUUGUAUACGUUGCUUGCAACCGCAGCUUCAUCAUGAAUGGCAAUGACUUGAUUAGGUGUCAUACCAAUAACAAAUGGGUGCCAGGUAUACCACUUUGUCUACAAAAACCCUUUAUUACUGGUGUCUCAGCCCUUGUAGGAUGUCAGCCUCCAUUUGAGAUCCCCAAUGGGAAUCAUACCGGCGGAGAUACAGCUCGAUUUUUGGCCGGAAUGUCAGUCCUGUACAGCUGUGAGGAAGGCUACCUGCUGGUGGGAGACGCACUCCUUCACUGCACACGUGAGGGAACCUGGGAUUCGCUGGCUCCUAAUUGUAGAGAGCUGCCAACAGACCCGGGUGGAUUAGGACCCACCAAAGGACACGUCCUGUUCCCUCCAGUGCUAGCAGGCCAACUCCCGAGCCCGGCCCCGCCUUCCUACUCUGGGAGGGGCCCCGCCCUGCCAGAGGACUCGUAG